UAUAAAGGCGGCGGAGGGAGGCGGAGGAGCAGCACUGGCGGGCCAGACCGAGGGGCCGGCACGGGGGUGGCUUCCAGCAUGGCCCUGUACAACUUCCUCCUCCUGCCACUGUGCCUGAGCACAGCAGCCAGCACAGCAACGCCGGGAUGCAGGAUCCGAGUCACUGCCAAGGGGCUGGAGCUGGUGAAGCAGGAGGGGCUGCGCUUCGUGGAGCAGGAGCUGGAGAACAUCAGCAUGGGAGACCUGCAUGGCAAGGAGGGCCAGUUCCACUACAACAUCAGCAACAUACGAGUGACCCACCUCCAGCUCACCCACUCGGACCUGCGCUUCCAGCCCCAGCAGCACCUGGUCUUCGACAUCAGCAACGCCUCCAUCAGCCUGCGCUUCCGGCGCCAGCUCCUCUACUGGUUCUUCUAUGACGUUGGCUCCAUAAACACUUCCGCAGAGGGUGUGAACAUUCACACAGCACUGGAACUAUCGAAGGACAAUGCUGGACGCCUGAAGAUUUCCAACAUCAGCUGCAAUGCCUCCAUUGCUCGCAUGCACGCGGGAUUCAGUGGCACGCUCAGAAAGGUGUAUGAAUUCCUGGCCACCUUCAUUACCACCGGCAUGCGCUACCUCCUCAACCAGCAGAUCUGCCCUGUGCUAAACCAUGCAGGGCUCGUACUGCUUAACUCUGUCCUGGACACCGUGCCUGUGCGCAACUCAGUAGACGAACAUAUUGGGAUAGACUACUCCCUCCUGAGUGAUCCCGUCAUCACUUCUGACACCAUGGACUUGGAUUUUAAGGGCACGUUCUACCCCUUGGGAGAUGAAAACCAGACCCUCCCCAACUUAGCCACAGAGCCUCUCGUCAAGGCGACAGAACGCAUGGUGUACCUGGCCCUCUCCGAGUACUUCUUCGACUCCGCCCUGUUUGCUUACUACCAGGCCGGUGUUCUGAACAUGGAGUUUGCUGGUGAAGAGGUGCCCAAAGACCUGGAAGUCUUGCUGAGAGCCACAUUCUUUGGGAGCAUCAUGCUGAUGAACCCUUCAGUGGUUGAUGCUCCUCUGAUGCUGCAGCUGCAGGUGACGGGGCCCCCCGUCUGCACCAUCAAGCCCUCCGGCACCACCGUGUCUGUCUCCGCCACCCUCAGCAUCUUCUUGGUGCCCCCCGAGCAAGCCCUGGUCCAGCUUUCCAGUUUAGUCAUGGAAGCUCGGCUGAACGCCAAGGUGGCCCUGCGCAAGAAGGCCCUGCAAGCGCACCUGGACCUGAGAAGGUUCCGGAUCUACUCCAACCAGUCAGCCCUGGAGUCCCUGGCGCUGAUUCCACUCCAAGGCCCGCUGAAGACCCUCCUGCAGUUGACCAUCGUGCCCCUAAUUAAUGAAAGGACCAAGAAGGGUGUCCAGAUUCCACUGCCAGAAGGCAUGGACUUCACCAAGGAAGUGGUCACCAACCACAUGGGCUACCUGACUGUGGGUGCAGAUCUUCAUUUCUCCAAAGGCCUGAGAGAAGUCAUUGAGAAGUACCGGGCUGCCUCUGGCCCCUCACCAACCUCUGAGGCUACCUGAGAACUCCUCCCCCCCCAACACUUCCCCCUGCCUCUCCCCUUAUGGAAGGGCAGCACCUCAGUCCUGCCUGGCCCUGCAGCACCUGGGCAGCUCCCCUCCGUCCCCACCCCGGGCAGGCUGGGAAGUGGAGCCAAUAAAACAGGCUUUGCACUUA